AUGGCUCCGAAGACGCAGAAGAUCCUCCUCGUCCCUUCCGAGCGCGCUCCUUGGGAGCUCCGCACCGAGUUUCCUGUCCCCACCCCCGAGCCCGGCGAGGUACUCAUCAAGGUCAUGGCUGCCGGACUCAACCCCGCCGACUGGAUCCUCCAAUCUGCUGGCGCGGAUUUCAUCGAGAGCUACCCGUGGACGGGCGGGAUGGACGGCGCCGGCGUCGUCGAGGAGGUGGGCGAGAACGUCACCAACGUCGUGAAGGAUGACAAAGUGCUCUUCCCCGGCGCGGUAGACCCCCCGCGGAACUCGUCCUUCGCAGAGUACAGCGUGGCCGUCGCCGAGAACGUCGCCCGCGUCCCGGAGAACAUCUCCCUUGACCAGGCCGCCACUAUCCCUCUCUGCUUUGCCACCGUCGUCACCGGACUCUGGAGCCGCCACCCCGACGCGCAGUCGCUCGACAUCCCCGCGCCGUGGGAAGAGGGCAGCACGACCAAGUACGCGGGGCAGCCCGCGCUCAUCUUCGGUGCCUCUACCACCGUCGGGCAAUUCGCCGUCCAGGUCGCGCACUACCACAGAUUCUCGCCCAUCAUCGCCUUCGCUUCGCCCAAGCACGAGCCCUGGCUCAAGUCCCUCGGCGCGACGCACGUUGUCGAGCGCGCGCUCCCCCCCGCGGACGUCCUCGCGCUCCUGCCGUCGCUCACGGGCGGGAAAGGCGUCCCGUUCGCGUUCGACGCGAGGCCGACGCCAGAGUCGCUCCCGCUCGCUUACGACGCGCUCGCGCGCGGCGGGGGCCUCGCGUGCGUGUACCCCAGCGCGCCGUGGCUCGACGGGCGCAUCAAGCCCGAGGACGAGAAGAAGUUCGUCCGCCAGUUCGGGUCGUUCGGCGUCCCCGUCAAUAAGGCGCUCGGGGUCGAGGUGUAUAAGCGCAUGACGGGGUGGCUGGAGGACGGGACGAUCAAGCCGGCGAGGGUGGAGUUGGUGCCGGGGGGGUUGAAAGGCGUCGAAGCGGGGCUAGAAAAGUUGAGGAAGGGGAGGUGA